AUGUUAUUGAAAACAUCCAAACAAAUACUGGAUAGCAGUCGCUAUCGGGCCACCUAUUAUCAGCAAAAUAGAAGUUUUCCACCGGCAUUCAUUCGACGUUUUCUGCUUCGUUAUCCAAGUGCUCAUCUAUAUCUUGUUUUUGGUCUUUGUUCUUCCGCAAUGGUCGCUCCUGUUCUACAUUCAUGUUAUCUGUACAUGACAAUGUCGAAAAACGAGUUUGAGCAGUAUCGAGUAGAACAAAAUGCAGUGGUUUUAGAGCGACAAAAAUUUGGAAAGGGACUAUGGUUUCCAUUCAUGUCGAAAGAAGAACCAAAACCAGCAGAAACAUCUCGAUGA